AUGGCAACAAUUCUGUACAACCGGUCAGACGUGGUCGGCGAUAUAACGUUUAUGAGACCAAGUUCAACGUCUUCUUUUGACGCGAGCGUCACAUCGGUACCGUCUGACCGCUGCAUGGAACUUCUCAACAGUUCGUCCGGACCCCCACCGAUGUACGAGCCUAUUGAGCGAUAUAUAAUAUCAGCCGUUUUGUUCCUCUUUCCAUGUUUGACUAUGUUAGGAAACGUCAUGGUUAUCGUAGCCGUGUUAACACAUAAACGUUUGCAGACCGUGACUAACGCUUUCGUUGUCUCGCUCGCUAUUGCUGAUAUUAUGGUUGCCAUAUUAGUGAUGCCGUUCGGAAUUUAUCAACAGUUCAACAAUAAAAACUGGCAAUUAGGUCGUACUUGGUGUCUUAUAACGACCAGUUUUGACGUUAUGUUCACUACAACGUCUAUUUUUAAUCUGUCGUGUUUAGCCAUAGACCGCUAUCUCGCCAUAUGUCGGCCAUUUACUCACGAACUAUUGACUCGGCGAAAAGUGAUAUUAAUGCUAUCAUUUUGUUGGAGUGUGCCUAUAUUAAUUUCAUUCGUGCCUAUAUUGUUACAAUGGAAUCAUAUUGGAAUAGAAGAGUACGUAAACUGUGCGUUCCCGCCGGAAGAUACGUCCCACUGCGCUUUCGUCGUCAACAAAGGAUUCGCGCUUAUAUGCUCUUCCAUAGCUUUCUACAUUCCGACUGUUUUCAUUGUGAUAUGCAACGUCCAUAUAUUCCGAAUCGCAAGAAUGCAGGCGAAGCAGAUCAGAAUGUUGGAACUAUCCGCGCAUAAACACCAUCGGAAGGGGAGGUUAAAGCACGAGACCAAAGCCGCCAAGACGGUCGGAAUCAUCAUGGGAUGCUUUUUCAUCUGCUGGUUUCCCUUUUUCAUUAUGAACAUAAUCGAUCCGUUUAUUGGCUACAAAAUCCCGUACAAUGUGUGGGCCGUUGCUCUGUGGCUAGGUUACAUCAAUUCCAUGUUAAAUCCGUUCCUAUAUUACAAUUUCAACAGGCAUUACAAGAUGGCGUUAAGACGCCUGCUGUCAUGCAAAGUGUGCCUAGGCAUCAGCGAGUACCAGGAUGACGUCGUUCCCAGUACGCUAUACACGGACAUGUCCCAUUCGGCUUCCGCCAAUUCUCACUCGAACCUGCACAACGGACGCCAUUCCAUACCAUACAACCACAAGAAUAACAAUGUCGACUUGUAACGCACGUAUGAGGAAAUUGCACGUUACCUGAUUUUGUCUCUAACAGCAGAAGAGUAGUUGCUGAAAACUUUAAAAGUGACACAGCAUCGAUAAUAAAUCAUCUCUAUUUAACAACGAUUUUUCUAAAUUUAAAUUAAAUUCUUAAUGUUUGCAUGGAUAAAUGCCAUUAUUGUUUUUAAUAUAAAAAAAAUUCUAGGGCCGCUCAACACUCCUAAACUUAAAUCAAAGUUUUGUUAAGAUCAUUAUUUCUAUUUGUUUACAACAACGUACGAACCAGAAUUACAUAUUUCCUCGUUUAAA